CUCCUGUCAGAGCCCAGCUGGGAGCCUGGCGCUGAGACUGAGGCACCGCCACCACCAGCAGCAGCAGCCCAGCUCUUCCUCCUCCUCUGGUCCCUGCAUCCUUCCCAGCCUCCUUUCUUCUCCCUCGAGCUGCUGCCAGGGAAAGAGAGAGACCCCUGGGAACCGCCCUCAGAGCAGAGACAGAGACCGAGACCCAGAGAGAGAGCCAUGGCUGAGGGGAGCCAGGCGCUGGGAUGCGCCCCUAGUCUGGCCUUGCGCAGCCUCCUCUUGGCGGCGCCUCUGCUGCUGCUCCUAGGCUUCUCCAUCGGGGAGGCAGCCAACACCCAGGGGAUGGGAGCAGCCCUUGGCCCGGCCCUUGGGACUCCCCAAGUGGCCAUGUUCUGUGGAAAACUGGUCCUGCAUCUCAAUGUACAGACAGGGCGCUGGGAGCCUGAUGCCUCCGGCACUCACACCUGCUUCCGAACUACUGAGGAGAUCCGAAGCUACUGCCAGGAGGUGUAUCCAGAGUUGCAGAUAACCAAUGCUGUAGAGGGCACCCAGCCAGUCACAAUUGACAACUGGUGCAAAAAGGGGAGGCCCAGAUGCAAAGGCCAUCAGCAUAUUGUGGUGCCGUAUCAAUGUUUGGUGGGUGAGUUUGUGAGUGAAGCCCUCCUUGUGCCUGACAAGUGCAAAUUCUUACAUCAAGAGAAGAUGGACUCAUGUGAGACCUACUUGUAUUGGCAUAGUGUGGCCAAAGAGGCCUGUAGCGAAGAGGACUUGGAGCUUCAUAGCUAUGGCAUGCUACUUCCCUGUGGGGCUGAUCGUUUCCGGGGUGUCGAGUAUGUGUGCUGCCCUUCACGUCCCCCACCUAUCAGAGUGGAACAAGCUACUGAUGCUCCUCAGAUCCUCUCCCAUCUGAGGGCGGAGGCCCUGCACAGCAACAAGGUUCUAACAGGACACAUGCCAAUGGAAGAAGAGGGUUUGGAAAUAGAGGAAACGGGGGCCAUGGAUGAAGAGGAGGAAGUGGAGGAAGAAGAGGAAGAGGAGGGGGAGGAGACCCCUAGAGACAGUAUCCUUGAUUCUGACCCAUUCCCUCCUACCUGGGAUGAUUAUUUUGUAGAACCAGGUUAUUAUGAUGACAGCAUCACGCAAACUACCAUCACCACUACAACACAGACAACUGAAGAAGAUGUCAAAGUGACACCAACCCCUCGCCCCACUGAUGGUGUGGAUGUUUAUUUUGAAAUGCCUGGAGAUGGGAAUGAACAUGCAAAUUUUCUGCGUGCCAAAAUGGACUUGGAAGAGCGUCGGAUGAGACAGAUUAAUGAGGUAAUGAAGGAAUGGGCCGAGGCUGACAACCAAGCAAAGAAUUUGCCAAAGACAGACCGGCAAGCCCUCAACGAGCACUUUCAAUCCAUCCUUCAGACACUGGAAGAGCAGGUGGCGAGAGAGAGACAGCGGCUGGUGGAAACUCAUUUGGCCCGUGUUGUGGCACUGCUGAACGAUAAUCGCCGUGCAGCACUGGAGAGUUAUCUGACUGCUGUGCAGAAUGAUAAUCCCCAGCCGGAUCGCAUCCUGGCAGCUCUGAAGAGAUAUGUGAAGGCAGAACAGAAAGAUCAGCGCCACACUCUCCGCCAUUACCAACACGUGGCUGCUGCCGAUCCUGAGAAGGCUGAACAAAUGAAGUUCCAGGUGUACACACAUCUCCAUGUCAUCGAAGAACGGAUGAAUCAGAGUCUGGCUUUGCUCUACAAGAACCCCCAGCUUGCUCAGGAGCUUCGAGGAGACAUUGAGGAGCUGCUAAGAUCAGAACGGGUAUCAACCAGUGACCUCCUCACCACUUCCAUCUCAGAGACACGCACCACAGAGGAGUUCCUGCCCAUGGACAGUAGCGAGGACCUAGUUUCUGAAAGCCGUUCUUACCCUCAUGAUGGAGAAGAUUCUGAACAAGCUGACAAGAAAGCUUCAGGACUGGCAGAAUAUGACUACCCAACCAGUGACAAGGCCUUGCUGUAUGAAUAUGAACGUAAGGUCAAUGUGUCUACCUCAGAUGUGAAAGGCAUGGUGUACAAGUCCCAAGAGAUACAACGUGAUGAGCUGGAGCCAGACACUUUGGUAACCAUUAACCGGGGCGCCCUGAUUGGUCUCCUUGUGGUGGCGGUGGCUGUUGCCAUGGUCAUCAUCAUCAGCCUCCUGAUGGUUCGCCGAAAGCCCUACGGGACCAUCAGCCACGGCAUCGUUGAGGUGGACCCCAUGGUUAGUCCUGAGGAGCGACAGCUGAACAAGAUGCAAAACCAUGGCUAUGAGAACCCCACCUACAAAUUCUUUGAAGAGAUGAAUUGAGUUUCCUUGAUGCAAGGGGAUGUGGGGUCACUGGGGUAGUGGGCAUUACCAUGUGGGUGGGAGGGAGUGGUAUCUACAGGGAGAGGGGUAGGUUCCACAUGUACUUCCACACAAAGCCACCCUCUUUUUCUCUGCCCUGGCUGAGCCUUGCCCUCACCCCACCCCCAUUCCUCUUCUGCCAUGUUUUUGUUCUUCCAUUUGCCACAUUCCUCCUCUCAUAUACCCAUCCAUUUGGGCUUUACAGCUCCCAUCACUGGCCUACCACUUGCCAUUUCCUCCACUACCAUCUCAUUCCUCACAACUUGAAUAUUUCACCACUUCUAACUGUCCACACACACACACACACACACAAGCUCCUGGUUUCAGGUGCCAUCUCUGGGUAUCUCAGCUACUGUCAUCUGAAUACCUCCACAAUGUGCAGCUAUCUGAACCACUUGUUAAAUCUGCUAUAUAAUUGCAGGCACCAAGAACUACAUGCACACAUACCCUAAAAACUCUCAUGCGUGCACAUCACUAACCAAUGCUCCAUUCAUUGUCUAGGGCUUUCACAUGUGCAUCAACUUGCACAGGGCCAGCUGUUGUUACAAAAAUACAGCCUAUGUACUGUAACCUGUGUUCCUCACCUCAGAACCAUAGACAUGUCUGUAACACUUUAACACAGAGCUGCAGCCUUCCUAUAGUCUGUCCAUAGCACCCAUAUGUGACUCCAUCUUGCAGAGAUUUUUAAGGGGGAAAAAAUCAUGGAAAAGCCCAUAGUUUAUGCGUGAGACCAGAGUGUUGCAUACACUCAAAUUACCCAUUGCAACCCUACCCUGCCUCCAGCAUAGGUAUCACCACCACUUACACUUGCUUGCCUUUUCUUUCUCCACAUGUAUUAUGCUUCCUUUUGAAUUCCUCACUAGUUGCACUUAAUUUAUUGGAAAGCCAGCUAAGCAGGGUUGACUAGGCUACAUUAACUUUCUGCUUCCUUUGGCCUAGUUAACUUCCAUCAGCACCUUCGGUACUAGUUUGGACAGGGGAGACCAAGGAUCUAAGCUCUUCCUACCACCCACCUAUUCUCUCUCCCUCUUCAAAAGAUGUACAGUUUUGCUGAAACAGAUCAAAGGACUAGUUUUUGUCCAUCCCUCAAGUUUCAAACCUGGAAAAUCAGUUCACCAGAGAUUAGAGGUAGAAUGAAGGAUUUCAUUAGAGGGCUAGGCCAGUGAGCUUACUCCAGUUUUUGUCACUUUGGUGGGAUGUUUUCUUUUUGGUAGAAAUUUGCCAGUAGGGUGCUGCCAUAUGAUUGGGUUCCUUUCCAAAAGCAAUGCGUCUUCCAGGAUGUGCCAUCUUGUUAUCUGAACUUCAGGAAAGAUUGGGGACCAUUUGGGCUGCUAUCUCACUAUCUCUGAUGGUGUCUGCCAAAUGCACUGUAAUUUCUAUCCAUUACUGGAGUGUAUGGGAUUAUAGGCUUAGUUUUGCCUCGGAACUGUACCAUUGUACUCGCUUUUGUAAGGUUGCAGUUGGGCAGCAGACUAAAGAAAAUAACACAUGGUUUGCAGAUAUUAAUGGGGCUCUUGAGAUAGAUUAGAGGUUUGAUUAGGGGUUCAUACAGAUUGCCAGUGGCUGUAUUUUUAUUUCUGUCUCCCCUCAUGCCCUCCCCUCUUUGGACAGGCAUUGGGCAUCCUAGAAAUAAAGGACUGCUAGAUCCUCUCACAAAGGGCUCUUGACUUUUUAAGACUUGGAUGGAAGAGAGAAGGGCGGGAGGUUCUACCAUAGAAGCCACUUCAUGUGACAGAGCCCUCCUUAAAGUCUGGGAGUCCCACAGGUGGGCCUGACACCCUGCUUGCAUUUCUGCGAAGAACGAAUGUACAAUUUUGUGCCCAGAAUGCUCUCCACUCCUUUUAUUCCAUUGUUACUAAUUUACUUCCUUCCCAUCCUCAUUCUGUUCUGCUUUUAGUUCAUGUCCUUUUCAAGCUGACAUUCUUGAAAUCAAGAUGCAAAUGUCAAGAGACAAACCAGGAGAUGGAUUUCAGUUGCCAGCGCUUCCCCCAAACUAAUAAAAUGUUGUCACUUCUCUAA